AGAGAGAAUACGACGCGCGUAGCGCUACGUACUCUACGACCUCUCUCUUCCAUGAACUUUCUCAUCUCCCGUUCCGCGUAUUUGUGUGUAUAUGUUUCCUGAGGUGGUGUGAUGGAGCCUUUUCCAUGCCCAUGUAAUAUCUAUCAUCGUCAGUAGCACGGACAAGUCCUCGUUAGAUCUGUACUCCACGAGACAAAACCCUCAAGAACGCGACCUGAUUAGCGAAAAAGGUAAAUGUCGAGCGGCAGCGAGGACCUGGACGAGGACGAGCUCCUCCAAAUGGCUCUCAAGGAGCAAGCGGAGCGAGAUCUCAAUUACCAGAGGCCUCCUGCCUCUUCCAACAACAAACAAAGGAAGCCUGUCGUCAAUUACGUGCAGCCUCCUCCUCCUCCGCCCAAGAAGCCAGCCGCCCCUAAUAAUUCCAAUUCUAGGGCUGCCGCGGCGGCGCGGAGAGUGGUGGACGAGGAUGAUGACUCCGAGGUCGAGAUGCUCAGCAUAUCCAGCGGCGACGACGACUCCACCACUAGAGAUCAUCCUCAUCAUCGGCCAUCCAGGGCUCGCCCUAGCUCUGCCAGGGACGACGAUGUCGCCUGGGACGGCGACGAGCCUUCUUCGUGGAAACACGUCGAAGAGGCCGAGCUUGCUCGUAGGGUUCGUGAAAUGCGGGAGACAAGAGCAGCACCUGUGGCUCAAAAAUUUGAGAGAAAACCAUCAGAAAUUGGUAGAAAGGGGCUUACCAGUUUACAAUCAUUGCCUCGUGGCACGGAAUGUAUUGAUCCACUUGGGUUAGGAAUAAUAGACAACAAAUCAUUAAGGUUGAUCACUGAGACGGCAGAAAGUUCUCCAUCCAAGUUUGACAGAGAUUAUUUGGAUAGUAGCCUUCGCGAAAAGUUGAUGUACUUCUCUGAUAAAUUUGAUGCAAAGCUGUUUCUAUCCCGAAUACACCAAGAUACAAGUGCAGCAGAUUUGGAGGCUGGUGCUCUUGCUUUGAAGAAUGAUCUCCAAGGAAGGACUGAAAAGAGAAAACAAUUGGUUAAAGACAAUUUUGACUGCUUUGUGUCUUGCAAAACCACAAUUGAUGAUAUUGAGUCAAAGUUGAAAAGGAUCGAAGAAGAUCCUGAAGGUUCAGGGACAUCUCAUUUGUUUAAUUGCAUCCAAGGAGUAAGUUUGCAAGCUAAUCGUGCUUUUCAGCCUCUCUUUGAGAGACAGGCUCAAGCUGAGAAGAUCAGGUCUGUCCAAGGAAUGCUACAGAGGUUUCGAACAUUAUUUAACUUGCCAAGUACGAUUCGUGGGAGCAUUAGUAAGGGUGAAUAUGAUUUGGCAGUUAGAGAAUACAAGAAGACGAAGUCAAUUGCUCUGCCAUCUCAUGUGGGAGUUCUAAAACGGGUUCUUGAAGAGGUUGAGAAAGUGAUGCAUGAGUUCAAAAGCAUGCUUUACAAGUCCAUGGAAGAUCCACAAAUAGACCUCACAAACCUUGAAAAUACUGUCAGGCUGUUGUUGGAGUUGGAACCUGAGUCGGAUCCUGUUUGGCAUUAUCUAAGUAUACAAAAUCACAGAAUUCGAGGUUUGCUUGAGAAGUGCACCUUAGAUCAUGAGGCAAACAUGGAAACUUUGCAUAAUGAGAUUCGUGAAAGAGCUCUGUCCGAUGCAAAGUGGAGGGAGAUUCAGCAGGCCUUAAAUCAGUCUUCGGAUGUUGACUAUUCUCUUACCCUUGGCGACACCAAUCUUCCGGUAGAUUCUCAGCCAGUCGACUUUGCCAGUGAAGAAGUUGAUGCCCUUAGAGGAAGGUAUAUACGCAGAUUAACUGCUGUACUUACCCAUCACAUACCCGCCUUCUGGAAAGUAGCACUUUCUGUUUUCAGUGGGAAAUUUGCGAAGGUUUCCACUGAUUUGAGUACUAACACUUCAGCAAAUAAAACUGAGGAAAAAGUUGGAGAUGGGAAGUACUCAAGUCAUUCUCUUGACGAAGUUUCUGGAAUGAUACGGAGUACGAUAUCUGUGUAUGAGGUCAAAGUUCUCAACACAUUUCGGAAUCUUGAAGAGUCAAAUAUUCUGCGGUCAUACAUGAGUGAUGCUAUAAAGGAAAUAUCUAAAGCAUGCCAAGCUUUUGAAGUCAAGGAGUCGGCUCCUCCUAUUGCUGUUAUGGCGCUACAAACGAUUCAUUUGGAGAUUGUGAAGAUUUACAUUCUAAGGCUUUGUUCAUGGAUGCGUGUAUCAAUUGAAGAGAUAUCAAAAGAUGAAACAUGGGUCCCUGUAUCAAUUCUUGAAAGGAAUAAAUCUCCUUAUACAAUCUCUUUCUUGCCUCUAGGAUUUCGUUCGAUUAUGGCUUCAGCGAUGGAUCAGAUCAAUUUGUUGAUUCAAUCUUUAAGGAGUGAGGCUGCAAAGUCAGAAGAUAUGUUUGUUCAACUUCAAGAAACACAAGAAUCUGUUAGGCUUGCAUUUUUGAACUGCUUCCUUGAUUUUGCUGGCUAUCUGGAGCGCAAUGGAAGUGAUAUCAUCCAAAACAGAUCAAGCAAAGAAAUUCCACAUUUACAUGAUGGAUAUUCUCAUGAAUUAGAAGAAAAACUAUCAUCUGAUCUCCCUGGUGGCGUUGUUGAUCCACAUCGACAGUUGUUGGUAGUCUUAAGUAAUAUUGGAUAUUGCAAAGAUGAACUUUCUUACGAGUUGUACAACAAGUACAAGCAUAUCUGGCUGUUGUCUAGGGACAAAGAUGAAGAGGACAAUGACAUACAAGAUCUAGUGAUGUCUUUCUCUGGUCUUGAGGAGAAGAUCCUUUCCCAGUAUACUUUUGCGAAGGCAAAUUUGAUCAGAACAGCUGCUGUGAACUAUUUGUUGGAUUCUGGCAUUCAGUGGGGAGCAGCACCUGCAGUCAAAGGUGUGCGUGAUGCAGCUGUGGAGUUACUCCAUACUAUGGUAGCUGUUCAUGCAGAGGUUUUUGCUGGUGCUAAGCGCCUUUUGGACAAGACACUCGGUAUUCUUGUGGAAGGACUGAUUGAUACUUUUCUCAGCCUUUUCCAUGAAAACAAAACCAAAGAUCUUAGGUCACUCGAUGCAAAUGGGUUCUGUCAGCUCAUGCUUGAGCUUGAAUAUUUCGAGACUGUAUUGAAUCCGUAUUUUACACCUGAUGCAAGGGAGUCACUGAAGUCUUUGCAAGGGGUGCUUCUGGAGAAAGCUACUGAGAGUAUGACUGAGGCUGUGGAAAAUCCAGGGCAUCACCGCCGACCAACUCGUGGGAGUGAAGAUGCGCUUACAGACGAUAGACAGCAAGGAAUGACUGUGUCACCUGACGACCUGAUUGCUCUUGCACAGCAGUAUAGUUCUGAGUUACUCGAAGCAGAGCUUGAGAGAACUCGUAUCAACACAGCAUGCUUUGUGGAGUCAAUUCCAUUAGACUCGGUGCCGGAACCUGCAAAAUCUGCUUAUGCUUCUUUCAGGGGACCAUUAGAUUCUCCCAGCAAAAAUUACAGAGGCACACAUGUCACGGGUUCACCAAGUUUCUCCCGACAUAGACGCCGAUGAAAUAUGUUUCAAAACCUCCUAUUCUUGUUUAUUAUAUUUCGCUCUCUCACGUGUAUGUGCAAGUUUUGUAUUGUAGUUCAUCCGUUGAAUUGAAUGAAAUCCAUAUUCUUUCAAUUUGUAUUUCCCCUAUGAUCUACUCCUGCUUUCCCCCUCCUUAUUUUUCUCAAUUUUUUUGGCUUUUAUUUUUGAGAGACAGCAUUACAUUGUUUGUAUGUUGCUUGUGCCAUAAAUAUAGCAUUUUUCAAGGCCAUGUUAAUAAAGGACCUUUAUUAGUUUGAUCGU